AUGUCGGCUGGAUUGAAAUCUAUUGCUUACUUUGUCAACUGGGCCAUCUAUGGGCGCAAUUACAACCCACAAGAUCUGCCCGCCGAGAAGCUGACGCAUGUGCUCUACGCAUUUGCCAAUAUCAACGCGGAGACUGGUGAAGUUUAUUUGACCGACAGCUGGUCUGAUGUCGAGAAGCACUACCCUAGUGAUUCGUGGAAUGAUACCGGCAACAAUGUCUACGGUUGCAUCAAGCAACUGUUCCUGCUGAAGAAACAACAUCGCAAGCUGAAGGUCCUGAUUUCCAUUGGUGGCUGGACGUACUCUCCCAACUUUGCUGUCCCUGCGAGUACUCCAGAAGGUCGGGCAAAGUUUGCCGAGUCAGCUACCCAACUUGUUCUUGAUCUUGGACUUGAUGGCAUUGAUAUUGAUUGGGAGUAUCCUCAAAACGAAAGCCAAGCCCAGAACCUGGUCGACCUGUUGCGGGCAUGCCGCGAGAGCCUCGAUAGAGCCGCCGGCCCACACCGCAAGUUCUACCUUUCCAUUGCUUGCCCUGCAGGGCCAAGCAACUUCUCCAAGCUCAAGCUGCGCGACAUGACGCCCCUGCUGGACUUCUACAACCUCAUGGCAUACGACUAUGCCGGCAGCUGGGACCGAAACGCCGGCCACCAGGCCAAUCUUUUCCCAUCAAAGUCGAACCCAACCUCGACGCCGUUCUCGACCAUUGCCGCGCUCGAGCAUUACAUGAAUGCGGAGGGUGUGCCGCCAAAGAAGAUGAUUCUAGGCAUGCCGCUGUACGGACGUGCAUUUGAGAAUACCGACGGCCCCGGUGCUCCAUACAAUGGCGUGGGCCAGGGUAGCUGGGAGAACGGGGUCUGGGAUUACAAGGCCCUGCCACGUCCCGGCGCUACCGAGCAUAAUGAUACGGAGGCGGAUGCAUCCUGGAGCUACGAUCAUAACUCGCGCACCAUGGUCACGUACGACAAUGUCGAGAUGAGCCAGAGAAAGGCUGCAUUUGUCAAGUACCGGCAGCUUGGUGGAGGUAUGUGUUUGAUCGGCACCUUUGUGGACAGCAUCGGUGGCGUCGGUGCAUUGGAGCAUACAGAAAAUGCUCUCGAUUAUCCCGAGAGUAAGUAUGAUAAUUUGCGGGCUGGGUUUCCCGGCCAGUGA